AUGGUUAUCAACCCGAAGAUGCCCCAGCUUGUCUGGAAUCCUCUACCGAGUGACGACGUCUUUACGUCUAGGUCUCACUUUCGCUGCCAAUGUGAAGAGAAACCCCUGGAAGCGUUCCUUCGUCUAGAAUUUAUUAAUUGUCCCCACGAGAUAGGCAAGCUCUGGAACCGCCUGGUGUGCCAACGACUAUUGAAGCAGGCAAUGGAUGAACAAAGCUGGUUCCCAAAUAUGGGCGUGGAUAGUGGGGAUGAAGCUUCUUACAUGCCCGAGGUCCUUUAUAGCGAUUUUCCACCCAUUGAUACGAGUACUCCAUAUACUGGAACUCAAACGACAGCCGCUGGUGUCUCAGGCGUAAAUGCCGGAAGAGAGUUCGACCCGAGUCAUCCCCAACGCAACAAAGGACCCGUUGGAAACGAACCAAUGCAUCUACCAAGCCUCCGCACGACAAACGCUUACCCUCGAGACUUCGGGGCCAACUACGACGGGCGGCAAUUUUCCGCGCAGACGUGCGACAUGACUGGCCGUCAUCAAACGGCAAACUAUCUCGACUACCCAGAUGGCCUACCCAGUACCGACUGGCCCUCUAACAUCCCCGUCUUUGGGGAACCUUUAGAAGGCACACAAGUCAGCUCUAGCAGCUUCUCCUCUUCGGCUCCAUCCUCGGCAACUUCUGAAGCUAUGGCUGCGAUGACCCUCGAUCCCAUGGCGGUACAUAGCAGCACAGCUGGACAUCUACAAGCCAACAGUCCUGUUGCCGGCCCGGAAAAUCAUGUAAAUGCUUGGACAUCGUCGAGCUAUCCUUCGACUAUCUCCCCCAAGAUGCUGCGAAUCAACCCAUCACCAACACCAGCGUCCUCAUCAGAGUCAGUCCACAAUAGUAUGCUUGCUGGCGGUGACUUGGAUCUCAGCACCUCCACAUAUGAACACCAGCACCCCCGCAGCCCGUUCCAGUCGCAGCGGCAGAGCCAGAAGCCACGGAAAGAACUUCCAAGUAAACCAGCGAGAUCACGGCUGGGACCAAUAGCAUCAUCAUCCGGGUCGCCGUCGUCUUCAAAAGGCAAGAGGCCAGCUUUGCCCCAACUCUCUGCCGAUCCCGAGCAAUCGCCAUCCAAAAUACGGACUACCCAACUAAAACAGGAGCACCAGGACGCCGCAGCCCAAGGAAGCGAAGGCUCGCUAGCUCGUGGGCGCACCACCAGAGUCGUCGAGAGAGUACGGACAGCUAAGGACGACUUCCUAGUCCGGUCAAAGCUGGCAGGCAAGACGUACCGCGAGAUCCGGCUCGAGGGGAACUUCACCGAGGCGGAGUCGACGCUGCGAGGACGGUUCCGGACGCUGACGAAGGACAAGGAGGCGCGUGUGAGAAAGCCGGAGUGGCAAGACAACGAUAUACGUCUACUGAAGAAAGCCGUCCGCAAGCUAGGUAAGGGCAACGAUAUGAUACCGUCCAAGGCCCCCUGGGGCCAGGUGGCUGAAUACAUUAUGGAUCAUGGCGGCUCGUAUCAGUUCGGCGGCGCUACUUGCCAUAGGAAGUGGAAGGAAUUGGUGGAUGAGGGUAAGGCGGGAUGGAAAUGA